AUGGCUAUCUCGAAGAAGAAAUCUAUGUGGAGAAACCUCAAAGACAAUAAUGAAAAUAUGGUCAAGAAGUUUAAAGAAGACAUGAUGAAAAGUUUCGAGAUGACUAAUUUUGGCUUAAUGCACUACUUUCUUGGGAUUGAAAUAACACAAAAAGAAGAUGGGAUCUUCAUUUCACAAAAGAAGUAUAUAGAUACACUAUUGAAGAAGUUCAAAAUGGAGGGAUCUACAAGACCAGACAUUAUGUAUGCGUCAGUCUCCUAUCAAGAUUCAUGCACGAUCCAAGUAAAGUUCACUAUGGAGCAGCUAAGAGAGCUUUUAGAUAUUUUGAAUGGAACAAAGAACUAUGGAAUAUGGCAUGGAGUCACCCAUGACUCAAAACUAGUCGGCUACACAGACAGUGAUUGGGUAGGAAAACUAGACGAUAUGAAAAGCACAACAGGAUAUGCAUUCACAAUUGGAUCAAGGAUAUUUUCCUGGGUAUCAAAGAAACAAGCAACAUUUGUGCAAUCAUCAACUGAAGAAUAG